AUGCUGCCCAUCUUGGGUAUUACCGUAACAAACUCCUGGGACAAUCACACAGUGGUGGUUACGCACAAGAGUAGGGAUACUGUAUACGUGAAACAAGUGACAGAAAGCGCUCGUACUCCGCGCUCAGUCACAGAUAAUAAAGGGAAAAUCCAACCGGCGGUGUCUGAAUGGCGGCGUUACGUAACGGCGUUGUACUAUUUUCGGCGGGCGAGCCGCGGGCGGAUCAAUGACGCCCACGGUGAGCGCCAUCUAGCGGCGGGAGGUGGGAACUACGAAUUCCCCUCUCCCCAACAUUCUUUUCUACUCCCCUCGCCCCGUGCGCUCGUGACCCCACUCGGCAGCGCAGCC